CAUAGGCUUUUUCAUUUCUGAAUAAUUUUUUGUAGGAUUUUGUAUCUGGCAUGUUACAAACAAAUUUUAUACACAGCAAUGAGAAUUAAAAAAUAACUUGCCUGUGUUCUACAUGAUAUAAUUCCUUCAUGUGUUAUUUUAUUUUCAAAUUCCUUCCUUUUAUCACAAUUUAUGCAAAGAAAAAUACACAAAUAACACAAACACAUCAGGAUCAAAACUAGAGUAUAUCUGAGACUUUUCUUCUUUAUGUUUUCUCAUGGAAACAUUCACACACCCAUGAAGUAGAGAGAGAGGUAUAGUGGACUUCACAUCUCUCCACAUCCUCUACUUUCUACACGAUCAUCAUCUUGCCAGCCAAAAUCUUACUCAACAAUACUUAAAUUUUAAAAAUCUUCAAAAAGAUUAUUUAGGGAUAUAAUAGAAAAUUCAUAUGAAAUUUUAAAUGUUAAAGAGGAGAGUUCUAGGAAAUGCUGCAUUUGUCCGGAGCUUCUUUGAGUUAUCCCUGCAGAUGGCCCAUGACAACAUAUGAUGUUGCAGAAGUAUUUACGCAGAAAAGUUUGAGAACACAACUAACCACCCAGCUUUGCUACAGCCAAGACCAUCUGCUUGCUUUUCUUCUGACUUUGUGAUGACAGUUUUUCUACACACACUUCUCUUUUAACAGGGAACCAUUUGUGGCCUCUCAAACUUCUGCUGAUAGUCUUGCCUUUACACCUCCUAAAAUUUAUGCACCAGGCAGGUUAUGUCUGUGGUCAGAGGUACUUGCUGACAUAUCCUUUUUUUUAUUCAUUCAUUCAUUCAUUUGUUAGAUUCAUAGACUAGAUUUAUGGAGCCUCUGGUUCAUAAGUCAUCAUAUUGGGCACAGCAGGUGUGAAAAGAAAUAUGAAACCCGUGGACAAGGACAGCAUGGUGCGAAGGGAAGAAGUCAUACUCAUAAAUGUCAGUAAUGUGACAUAGGCUGUGGUUAGAGAGGUAAGUCUAUGGGAGUUUGAAAACAUAUAUCCUCAUUGGAGGCUUCGCAGUUACCUCUUUGAAUAGUACCCAAAAGUGACAUUGAUCAACUCAAUCCUGAUCCUCCAAGAGAAAAUGAUUGCAUCUCUGUGACUUUGUUUUGCCUGGUUUUCUCUCUAGGCAUGAGGGGAAGAACUCAUGGAGAUCCAGAACCUCACACAAGUGUCCGAGUUUAUCCUCUUAGGGUUCACACAUAAUCAAGGGCUCCAGAAACUCCUGUUCAUGCUGUUCUUAUUGGUUUACGUCACCACGGUGGUGGGAAAUCUUCUUAUCAUGGUCACAGUAACUUUGGACCCCCGACUCAACAUGCCCAUGUAUUUUCUUCUCCGCAACCUGGCUGUCAUAGACUUCUGCUAUUCCACAGUCACCUGCCCAAAGAUGCUGGCAGACUUCUUUCGUGAGACCAAGACCAUCUCCUACCAGGGCUGCAUGGCCCAAAUCUUCUUCUUCCACCUCUUGGGAGGCGGGACUGUCUUCUUUCUCUCAGUGAUGGCUUAUGACCGCUACAUAGCCAUCUCCCGGCCCCUCCACUAUGUCACCAUCAUGAACACUCGCCUGUGUGUGACACUGGUGGUGGCUGCCUGGGUAGGGGGCUUUGUCCACUCCAUUGUCCAGCUGUCUCUGAUGCUCCCCUUGCCUUAUUGUGGCCCCAACAUCCUGGACAACUUCUACUGUGACGUCCCCCAAGUGCUGAGACUGGCCUGCACGGACACUGCCCUCCUGGAGUUCCUCAUGAUCUCCAACAGUGGGAUGCUGGUGCUCAUCUGGUUCCUCCUCCUCCUGACCUCCUACGCCGCCAUCCUGGUGAUGCUGCGCUCCCACUCGGGGCAAGCACGGAGGAAGGCAGCUUCCACCUGCACCACACACAUCAUCGUGGUGUCUAUGAUCUUCAUCCCCUGUAUCUAUAUCUACUCACGGCCCUUCACGCCCUUCCCUUUGGACAAGGCUGUGUCUGUCAGCUACACGGUAUUGACCCCCAUGCUCAACCCCAUGAUCUACACCCUGAGAAACCAGGAGAUGCAGGCAGCCAUGAGGAGAUUAGGAAAGAGCCUAGUGAUGUGCCACAAGGAGUGAACUUUUAAUAAGUUGAUUUAGGGACCAGUGUUGUAGCACAUCAGGUUAAAGCUCUGGCUGCAAUGCCGACAUCCCAUAUAGGUGCCAGUUUGAGUACCAGCUGCUCUCCUUCUGAUCCAGCUCCCUGUUAGUGUGCCUGGGAAAGCAGCAGAGGGUGGCCCAAAUCCUUGGGCCCCUGCACCCACAUGGCAGACAAGGAAGAAGCUCCUGGCUCCUGGCUUCGGAUUGGCUCAGUUCCAGCUACUGUGGCCAUUUGGGGAGUGAACCAGUGGAUGGAAGACCUCUUUCUCUUUUUGUCUCUACCUCUUUCUAAACUCUUUCAAAUGAAUAAAAUAAAUAUUUUUUAAAAAUAAUUUGGCUUUAGGGACCAUUGUUGUGGUCAGUGGACAUAGCUACCACUUGUGACUCCAGCAUUUGUAUUGGAGCACUGGGUUGAGUCUUAGAUAUACUGUUUCCAAUACAGCUUUCCGCUAAUGUGCCUGGGAAGGAAGUAGAGGAUGGCCCAAGAACAUGGCCCCUUAUGGGAGACCAAAAUGGAAUUCCAGGCUCCUUUCUUUGGCUUGGCCCAUCCACAGCUGUUGUAGCCAUUUAUGAAGUGAAAGAAGUUCUCUCUCUCUCUCUCUCUCUCUCUCUCUCUCUCUCUCUCUCCAAAAUUUAUUCUGUUCUUUUCAAAUAAAAAAUUAAUUAAAUAAAUUUUAUAAAAGUAUAUAGUUUAGGGGCCAGAGCUGUGGUAUAGCAGGUAAAGCUGUCUCUGCCUCCUGCAGUGAGAGCAUCCCAUAUGUAUGCUGAUUGGAGUCCCAGCAGUCCCUCUUCCGAUCCAGCUCUCUGCUAUGGCCUGGGAAAGCAGUAGAAGAUGGCCCAAAUCCUUAGGCCCCUGUACGCAUGUGAGAGACCUGGAGGAAGCUCCUGGCUCCUGGCUUCAGAUCAGCACAGCUCUGGCCGUUGCAGCCAAUUGUGUACCAGCAGAUGGAAGACCUCUCUCUCUCUCUCUCUCUCUCUCUCUCUCUCUCUGCCUCUCCUCUCUGUGUAACUCUGACUUUCAAAUCAAUCAAUCAAUCUUGAAAAAGAAGAAGAAGAAGAGAUCAUGGAGCUGUGGCUGUCAUAAUGGGAUUAACGGCUUUAGAAGAGCAGGUCGGGAGAUCUGAGCUGACAAGCUUCCUGUCUCCUGCCAGACAGUUCUGGCACCUUCAAUAUGGGCUUCCCAGCUCUGAGAAACAUGAGACAUACAUUUACUUACAUUAUGAUUUUUCCAGUCUUCAAGUAUGCUGUUAAGGCAGUAAAAUGGUGUAAGACAAUGCCACUGUGCUAGUACUAACAGGGAGGUCUUUAAGAAGUGCUUAGCCCAUGAGGGCGCCACCUGCUUGAGGCGGCUUCACACAGAGCACUACCCCUCCGGAGAGCCCUGCUGCAGGUGUCAUGGCGGAAACACACGGCAGCCCCCACCAGACAAGCAGACCUGCUGCGGUCUUGAUCUUGGACUUCUUACAUCCAGAUCUAUGACAAGAUAAACUCCUAUUAUUUGUACAUUAUCGAACUCCAGGCUUUUGGUUUUUUUGUUUGUUUUUUCAACAGGCAGAGUGGACAGUGAGAGAGAGACAGACAGAAAGGUCUUCCUUUACCGUUGGUUCACCCUCCAAUGGCCACUCCGGCCGGCGCGCUGCGGUUGGCGCACCGCACUGAUCUGAUGGCAGGA